GGCAGCACAGCAGCGCGCCUGGUGUCGCUGGCGGGGGUGCGAGGCACAGCCUUGGCGGCAGGGCUGUCUGUGAAGGCGCUGUGGGUGCUUGACGCCAGCUUCAUGCUAGACGCCCGCCACGUGCACGCUGCCUCCUCCUUCUCUUCGCUCUUCGCUCUGCAUUAUGACCAAAGGUUUUCUGUGGACGAUGUGACAACAGCAUGUGUGGCCGACCUGCUGGAACAGGCGCAGCAGGAACUCACGGCCCACCUCUGCUGGUCCGCUGCUGAGCUGGCUUCCAGCCUGCAGGCGCUGCGUCCAACUCAGCGCAUCCUCCGCCAGCUGGCAGCAGAGGACCUGCCACGUGUGCAGCAAUCCACAGCAGUGUUCCUAGAGACUCCUGCCCUGGCUGCCCUGCCAACCUCUCGCUCCUCAUCCCCCCCUCCUGCUCCAACUGCCACACCCUCCCCUUCUCCCAUUCCCUCUCCUCCCCACUUCCCCCAUCAGGAUACCCCUCUGGACUCCUGCCCCGGCUGCCCCGCCAACCUCUCCCUCCUCGUCCCCCCCUCCUGCACCAACUGCCACACGCUCCCCUUCUCCCACUCCCUCUCCUCCUGCGCCGCCCGCCGCAUCGCCUACGCCGCCCUGCGCCGCCUGGACCGCGACUUCACUGUGGCUGCUACAGUGCCGUCUGCCGCCCAGGCUGUGGCCGGCAUGUUCCACGAGUCACGGGCACCGCUGGUGCUGCAGGCAACGCGGAAGAGGGGGGAGUUGGGGUGCGGAGCAGGGGCAUGGUGGGGGGGAUGGGCGGGGGGGAGUGUCUGGGGAGAGGGUGGGGGCGCGGGGGGCAUCUGGGGAGGGAUUGGGAGGGGAAGAGGGGGGAAGAAGUGGGGGAGGAGGAGUGGGUGGUGGAGCGGUGUGCUAGGGGCGGGGCAAUGGGGGAGGAGCGACUUAAGGAGUGGCGGAAUGGAGAGUUGGUGGGGGUGGAAGUGGGUGGUUGGAGGACGAGGAAGAAGGGAGCUGUGUGCUCAACUGGAGAUCGUGGAGUUUCUCGCUCUGGCCCACGCGCCCUCGCUCGUCUUUGCCCUCCACGAUUCCCCCGAGGCCCGCCUGCUCACGGCCUUGGCUGCUGCUGCCAGGGGUCCCCUCGGCCUCCCCCCUGCUGCGGUGGAGCCUGCUGUCUGCCCCUCGCCCAUGCUGCCGCCCCUGGCCUCCCUGCGGUUUGCACAGCAGAUGAUCAUGGACGAAGCUCGGGGUGAUGUUCUGUCAGAUUCAGAAGGUGGCGUCAACGAGCUGGAAGAUGUGGAUGCGCAGCGAGCGGGGCUUGCAGCACAUCGCCUCCUACUUCCACCCCUCCCUCACAGCCGCCUGCCUUCCCCUCUCCCCCGUUCCCCUUCCCCCCACCCCACCCCCACUUCCCCGCAUCCCCGCCUCCCCUCAUCCCCCCAUAUUCAGAAAGUGGCGUCAACGAGCUGGAAGAUGUGGAUGCGCAGCGAGCGGGGCUUUAAGCACAUCACAUCCUACUUCCACACGCACCACGCGGGCGUGAACGGGCUCACGCUCAUGGGGCGAGAGAUGGGCGAGGACGACGUGAUGUUCCACAUGACGCGGCGCGACCUGUUGAAGGUGGCGUUUGUGCGCCACCCGCUGCCGCGCCUGCUGUCGGCGCACGGGGACAAGCUGGCUAAUGGCGGGGAGAGCCGCAACGUCAGCAUGUGGAACGAGAUGGGCGAGGACGAUGUGAUGUUCCACAUGACGCGGCGCGACCUGCUGAAGGUGGUGUUUGUGCGCCACCCGCUGCCGCGCCUGCUGUCCGCGCACGGGGACAAGCUGGCUAACGGCGGGGAGAGCCGCAACGUCAGCCUGUGGAACGAGACACAGCUGUGCGGACUGGACAUAAUCAAAUACGACAUUGCUGGCAAAUAUGAAACCCUGCAAGAGGAUAUGCUGCGGGUGGUGACGCGGCUGAACCGGUCGACGGAAAACGCAAUGAAGAUCUUCAAGCUGGGUUCGAAGUUCCACAAGACAAGGGCGGAGCAGCGCAUGCGUGCGGCGUAUGAUCAGGACACUAUCAAGAUUGUGGAGUCAGCAUAUGCUGCUGAUUUUGAUAUUGCAUUGAAUAAUAUUAGCUAUAGUGUUCCUGAUGUUCUCCAAGAUAUUGUAGGAGUAGCUGAUGCUUUUGCGGAACGGCUAGGGUUCCCUCCAAUUUCUCCUAUGUACUCGGCAACACCAGGGUCGGGCCUACCGGUUACAGGGGCCGUUGGCGGGAGAACAGGGACAGGAUUACCCGUUACAGGGUUACCAGGCGGAGUUACUGGGGGCAGCGGCACUGGAAGCAGCAGCACCACCAGCACCAGCAGCGGCAUCACCGGAGGUAGCGCCGCGUUUGCCGCUCCCUCCUCGUCCCUGCACCUCUCCCCGCCUUUCCCGCGCCUUGCUGCCUCUGCGGCCGUCGCCAGCACUACCAUCAGCAUCACCACUGGCACCGGCGGCGGCGGCGGCGGCGCGACCAGCUCUUCUUCAGCAGUCGAGGACCAAGGCGGCGGAACCGCGACAGUUGCGUCGGGUUUCUCCCCGCAUGUCUUUAACAUCCCGUCGGGCGGCGCGGCGGUGGGCGGAGGGACGUCCACGUGGCUGCAGGCCGACCAUCCACAUCACCACCAGGUGCUGAUCCCGUCCGCGGCGCACAAGCGCGCCACGUUCGUCUCGUCCGAAGGCGCGCAGCUCCCGGGCGGAAUAAGCGGCGGAAGUGGCGGCGGGAUAGGCGGCGCGAGAGCCGGAAUAGGCGGAUUGAAUAUAGGCGGGGUGAAUCUAGGGCCCCCCGUUUCGUCGCCCACCCCGGAAGUAAUCACAAUCACGGUCCCGCCCGCAUGGGACGAUCACCCCGCUACAGCGUCCUCUUCCGGGAUUGGUCGGCCAGGGCAGCAAACCCUAGAACGCGAGCAGCCAAUCCCAGCGCAGAGCUCGCGACCGUUACCUGAAGGGCGGGCGAAGGAACCCAAAGAGAAAGACGAGAAGGCGGAGGAGGAUUGGCGGAGAGGGCGAGUGAAGAUCCCACCACACGAUUACAGCCACGUGUCAGCAGCGUCCCAGGGGCUAUUCCUCUCAGUCUUCUACUGGUUUCCGCCUGACGAGGAGGAUUACGAAACCCCCCCCGGGACCACCUGGGUGGAGCUGGUAGCUCUCUCUAUCCUACUCCUCGGCGCUGCUGCUGCUCUGCGCUCCGCCUUCCCCCGUUUCUUUGAUCGCCUGGCGCUGCUGCUGCACACCGCGUUCCCCCGCUCGCGGCUGUUGGUUAAGCGGCUGCAGAGAGUGAAACGGGUGGUGGUGAGGGCCGUGGCGGACGGUACUGGGUUUGGCAGGUUGGGAAUCGGGUCUGGGCUGGGCCGAGGGGGCGGGGGAGGGGGAGGCGGAGGCGGAGGGGGGAGUAUCCUCCCUUCCUGGGCGCAUUACUUGCCGUUUGGGGGGCUGGGUGGGGGAGGGGGAGGGGGAGGGGCAGCAGCGGCGGCGGCGGCAGCAGCCGGAGCAGGAAUGGGGUAUGCGUCUGGCCCUCGGCCGUUCAGGCUAAGAGGGACAGGAGGAACAGGGAACUACUCUGCUCUGGAUAAGAAGUUUGCGUCUAGUGGGGGCGGAAGCUGGGAAUAUCUAGGGUACAAUCGUAGUGGCAGGGGGGGAGGGAGAGGGAUCAGUAAUAAUGGUAAUGGUGGUGGUGGUGGUGAUGAUGGUGGUGGUGGCACUGGUGCUGCCGGUGAGAGGGAGAGAGAUAGGGAGAGGGACCGGGAGGGUGGUUCGGAUAGCGGGGGAGGAGAGGGGUCUUCCACAGCAGCUGCCGGACCUGCCGGUGCGGCGGGUCUUUCGUCUCGUAGCGCCUCCCGAGCGGCAUCUGGGUGCGGGAUCCACGUGUAUGCCAACGGGGACCGGUACGAAGGAGAAUUUUACCAGGGCAGAUGCUCGGGCAGCGGAGUGUACAUUUUUUCGGGCAGCGGGCGGUAUGAAGGCGACUGGGUGGACGGAAAAUACGAUGGGUAUGGGAUUGAGACUUGGUCGCGGGGGAGUCGGUAUCGCGGGCAGUACAGGAAGGGGCUGAGGGAGGGGUAUGGGGUGUAUAGGUUUUAUACCGGGGAUGUGUUUGCGGGGAUGUGGGCGAAAGGGCAGAGCCAUGGGGUGGGAGUGCAGACGUGCGGCGAUGGCAGCAAGUAUGUGGGCGAGUUUGCAUGGGGCGCCAAGCAUGGAUUCGGCAAGUACACCUUCAGUACGAGGGCAAAAGACACUCCCCUCUUCUCCCUCUUCACCAACCAACCUUCCCCUCACCACCAGGAACGGCAACACCUAGGCGGGGAAGAAUACUCUGCAGACUGCAUGCAUGGGUACGGCGUGUACGAGUUUAGCAACCCUCCCAACGGGCACCGGUCCGAAACCAUCCUCUCUUCUCCCAUUCACCCACCCCUCCCAACCACGAACGGCGACACAUACUCAGGAGAGUACUUCGCUGACCGCAUCCAUGGGUACGGCGUGUACGAGUUCAGCAAUGGGCAUCGGAACGGCGACACGUACGCAGGGGAGUACUUUGCCGACCGCAUGCACGGGUACGGGGUUUACGAGUUCAGCAACGGGCACCGGUACGAGGGCGCGUGGCACGAGGGGCGCAAGCAGGGCCUGGGCAUGUACACCUUCCGCAACGGCGACAUGCGCGCCGGCUACUGGCACCUCGGCGCCCUCGAGACCCGCAGCACCAACACCCUCCCGGCCUCGCCCACUGGGAGUGGGCCGGGUGGAGGGACGCUGGGGGGUGGAGCUGGUGGGGGGGUUGGGGGUGGUGGGAGUGUUGGGGUUGGGGGUGCGGGCGGGGUGGGGGGUGGUGGUGGGGAGAGUGGGACCGGGGGAACGCCUGGGGUGUUGGGUGGUGGGGUAGGGGCAGGAGCAGGGGGUGGAGCAGGGAUGACGGGAGGGGCGGCAGGAGGAAUGGGAGGAGGGCCGGGAGGAGGCCCGGGAGUGUCGACAGAGCUGGUGGGAGGAGGAGGGGGAGGCAGUGGGUUGGUGUCGCCGGUACGGACUCCUUUGUCUGCUGGUGGGAUGGGGCUUUCUACGCCACUCACACCGCACACGCCCCACUCUGCCUCGUCACCCAAUGCUGUCAACCACUCCCGCGUGCUGCAUGCCGUUCAGGUGGGUGGUCAGGCUGUUCAGAGUCCCCCCACCUCUCCAAUUUCUCUGGUAUGGUUGGUUGGUUUCUUCCAGGAGGCACGACGGGCAGCAGCCAAGGCCGAGAAUGUGUUGAGAGUGGAUGACCGGGUGUCUAAGGCCGUGUCCGCAGCCAAUCGAGCAGCCGUGGCAGCUCGAGUUGCAGCUGUAAAGGCCAAUCAGAGGGGGUCAAAUCACUCGUGA